AAGUCAUCAAAUCCGCCCACUACUCAUCACCGCCACCUGUGCACUCGCGUACCGCGAGCGCAGAUAAAAGAUAUCUUGCGGAGUCAUUCCACACCUGGUGCGUGGGAACGUACUCCAAAUCGGCUGAAUGGCGUGACGUAACGAGGCGUGCUCGAAAGCGUUGGUCGACUCGGUUAGUGCGCGAUCGCCGCUGCCAUGAGUGUGCUGGGCUUUCUGGGGGCGCUGUUCUUCAGCCGGUGGGUGGUACUGGUGGCCACCGCCGCGGCGAUCUAUCGCUUCUGGUACAAGCUCACCACCGGCGUCUGCACGUCCACCCGCCGUCUCGAUGGCAAGACCGUCCUCAUCACUGGGGCCAACACAGGCAUUGGCUUGGAGACGGCGCGCGAGAUGGCCCGUCGGGGCGCGCGCGUGCUGAUCGCGUGCAGGGACCCGGAGCGAGGACAGCAGGCGCUGGGCAAGAGGUGUAACAAUGACCAAUGUCAUCAGCCACUUCAAAACAACUUGAAGUACAGCUGCCGCUACGACGACGAUGUCUGUGCAGCCAAGAUCCGCGCGGAGGCCAGCGGGGGCGCGACGGUGGCGCUCCUGGCGCUGGACCUGGGCGACCUGCAGUCGGUGCGCGCGUGCGCGGCCAAGGUGAACCACUUUGGGCCGUUCCUCUUCACGCUGCUUUUGAUUGACCUACUCAAGAAGUCUGCGCCCUCCAGGAUCAUUUUCGUGUCUUCUAUAGCGCACGAGUAUUCUAAGCUGUCAGCCGAGGAACUUGACCACGAGGUGGCCAAGAACAUAGACGACACUUCGAUUUACGGAAAGACCAAGCUGGCUAAUGUGCUCGUUUCUAAUGAGCUGGCACGACGGUUAAACGGCACAGAUGUGACAGUGAACAGUCUACAUCCGGGUGCUGUUCAGACAGAUAUCUUUCGUCAUAUUCCCUACGGAAUUGAUAAAAUCGUUCACUUCCUAUUUGGACUGUUUUUUAAGUCUGCAGAAGAAGGUGCACAGACGAGUAUCCAUUUGGCUGUAUCUGAACAAGUGGAAGGUAUUACAGGCGCAUACUUCUCCGACUGUAAGGAGCGGCGGAUGGCGAAGGCGGCGUACGACAAGGGCCUGGCGCGCGCCGUGUGGGAGAAGAGCGAGCGGCUGGUGCGGCUUGCGGACGACGAGCGGCCCACGUACGCCUAGGGGCUGCAGGCACGCACGACAUGGCGAGAAAUGGUUUUUACAACGUUUCUUACGAUUAAAGUAAAAAAAAUGGUGUCUAUGUGUCCGUUACUAUUCUCAUUUAUGAAAGUUCAUAUUUGGCCAAUGUAUUUUGAAUGGACCAAUCUUUAUCUUUUGGAGGUAACGCUUUACAUAAAUGAAAAAUGAACAUGUAGAAUUUGUAUUAAUUUAAUCGUGAAAUAGUUUCGUUGACAUUAUUUCUUCAUCAUCUGGCUACAAAAAAAAUAUUUCAAA